AUGGGAUACAAACCCUUCCAAUCGACCUACUAUGACGACCGCAUGCGGGCAUCGCCGGCCCUGCUGCGAGCCCGCGCGCCGUACCUGAUCAAAAACACAAUCACUGGCGCUGCUAUCUGCACGCUGGUUAUUGGAAUCUAUACCUACACCAUCAACGCCAUCUCACAGGACGAGUUCGAGGAUGUCGUCGUUCCAGACAAGCCCAUGGAAAGGACCGCGCAGCCACUGGGCACCACCCAAGCCCUCGAGCAGGCCGUCCAAGCACGCAAGUAG